AUGAAUAAGUACGCAUUGGUGGUUGGUUUGUUAGUAUGUCAAAUCGUCUACGUAAAUAGUUGGGUCGUGGCUGCUCUCGGCGCCAUUAUUAAUAUCGUAGAUAAAACACAAGAGUGGACUGUUGAAGUACACAACGAAGGAAAACAUCAUGCUCAUAUGUGGUGCGCCUCUAAAGACGACAAGAUCGGUGGAGACGAUGGCGUUUGGGUGAAGCCGGGGGAUAAAAUAGUGUGGGCCUUCAAAAGACAUCGAACAACUCAGUUCUGGUGUAAUAUGGACUGGUAUGGACAGCGAGUGGGAUGGGAUGUGUUUGUUAACAACUGGCAGGAUGCUCCGAAUCCUACGAAAUGGUCCAUAAGGAAUGAUGGAGUUUAUGAUCAAUGGAGGAAUAGGAAGUGGCGCGACUUAAACAGUUAA